UGUGAAACACCAGAUUCUCCUUGGACUCCCAGCAUUAAUAUCUCUGCUGGUGACCUGAAGGAGCAUCAGUCUGUCACUGUAACCUGCUCAGCUUUCACUCCCUGUCCACACUCACCUCCUGAACUCACCUGGAAUCUCCAACAAGACUCUCUCAGACAAACAGAGAAAAACACAGAUGGAACCUUUACAACUAAAAUCCAGGAGAACAUCACUCUGUCAGACACACAUGAUGGAUACAACAUCAGAUGUUCUGCCAGAUAUCCUGUGAUUGGAGGAAACAAGACAGCAGAGACAGAAGUGACUCUCAGUGUUUCAUAUGCUCCUAGAAACACCUCAGCAUCCAUCAGUCCAUCAGGUUUGGUGUCAGCAGGUAGCUGGGUGGAGCUGAGCUGCUCCAGCAGAGCCAAACCUCCACCCAGAUUCACCUGGUUCUGGAACGGCAUAAAAGUGUCUGAAAAACAAAAGCACAGCUUCAUUGUCACUAACGAAGGAGAGUUUUACUGUGUGGCCAAAAAUGAUUUGGGAAAUGAAACAUCAUCAAGGAUCUGUGUCAGUAUUAAAGAUGAUCGAUCAUCUGGAUUCCUGGUCCUUAAUAUAUUGAAGAUCCUGGGCAUUGUAUUGCUCUGCAUUAGCAUCAUCAGCUUUGAGUGCUGGUUCAGAUUCUCCAAGAAACCAAAGAAGGAAACAGAAGAGCCAACCUAUGUCAACAAUGUGAUGGAAACUAAAGCAUCAUGAACCUCAAGGAGACCA